UGGAAUGUUACAGUGUUAGGUUCGUUGCCAGAUAACCUAAACAUAGGCCUGUAGCUGUGAUACAUCCACCGAAUUAUGCGUAUUUUACGACAGUAACAUGAAAGUGAGUGUGGUCCUUUUUCCAUAAUAUCAAAGAAACAAAAUUUUAUUUUGAAGUCAAUUACGCAAUUUCUACUACAGCGAGCUACGAGAGACUAUAACAAAAUAGUGAUUGCUGUCCCAGGGAAUCACAGCACCGGUUGGAGAGCUAUACCUCGCGCUAAAACAGCUCCUUUAGCGUGCGCGGAACAUGGCUGCUAUGAGGACAUUAACUGUCGCAGGACUCUUUUUGGCUUUUUGUGCCUUAGGAUUGAUCGCAGUUGCUAUUAGUACCGACAAUUGGUAUGAAACCGAUGCAAGGAGGCACCGGGAACGUUGCAAGAAUUAUUCAAACAAAAGAAAUGACCCUGGAUAUAUUUAUAUUUCAAAUCACAACCUCCCUCUGCGCAUGUUACCGAAAGAAAAUAAUGUAGAGAGAAAGGGAUCUAGUGGUGGAAUCCUCCUGCGUGCUAAACGGCACUUCUUGCCUCCUGCCCCGGCCAUGGAGUCCCUCUGCAGUCGGCAAUUCAACUCAACCAUUACCGGGCUGUGGAGAAAGUGUCACCGGGAAGGAUUCGACCUGGAAACAGAGGACCUAAUCUUUAAAGGGUUGAUUCGACGCUGCACACAAAUUAAAUACUACUACUCCUCCUCAUCCCUCCCCCGAAAUCUGCCAAUAAAUCUCACCAAGACAAUUAAACAGGAUAAGUGGCACGCACUCCACCUCCAAAGAAUGACUGCUAGCUUCAUAGGAAUGGCAAUCUCCAUCAUUCUUUUCGGCUGGAUCAUUGGAGUACUGGGCUGUUGUAAGCAGCAUGAUCUGAUGCAGUAUGUAGCUGGACUUCUUUUCCUCAUGGGAGGAACCUGCUGUAUCAUUUCCUUGUGCACCUGUGUAGCUGGGAUCAAUUUUCAACUUUCCCGUUUUCCCCGCUACAUGUAUGGAAUACCAGAGGAUAUUAGUCAUGGGUAUGGUUGGUCCAUGUUUUGUGCCUGGGGGGGGCUAGGACUUACCUUGCUGGCUGGGUUUCUGUGCACGCUGGCCCCGUCCCUCUCCCCCCCCCACAUGCUGGUUCAGAAGCCCAGACAGGAGAAUGGCUGUGUGUGACAAGCUGCCAAACUUCCUAGUGACACGUUCCCCACCCCCUUCUGAAAUAGCAGAGCUGAGCUGUUUUUCCAAAGACAUCAUCCAGGGGGAUUUAAAACUGAGAGCACUCGCACCAUUCUGGCCGCACAAUGAACAAGGACAUUGUUUCUCUUUGUAGAGGAUGUUACUGUAGAGGGAGAUUUUAAUGAAGAUUACUUCAUUAUCUCUGGGGCUUUCUCUGACCCUCUUAAUCAAUAAACUGUAAAGCAGGGGUCCCCAAACUACAGCCCGCGGGCCGGAUACGGCCCGCCAACGCAUUUGGACCGGCCCUCUGAACAAUGCCAGAGACUUUUUUUUUUAUAAAACAAAAAAAAGUUUACACUGAUUAAUAUGCAUAAGUAAGUAAAUGUUUUGAUUUCAAUAGCAAUGAAUAUGAAAAAAGGUCAUUACGAUAUUAAUAAUGCUCUUUUAAUAGGCUAUAUAUCCCUUGAUAUGUAUGGAUGUAUGGUGAAUAACAAAAUAAUAAACUAAUCUAGCAUAAUAAAUACAUUUGAAAUCAUAAUAACAUCUCCACAAUAAUACUGGUAGUCACUCCGGCCCAUGUAAUUUUCUGUUAUAGACCGACCCGGCCCCACAUUAAAGAAAGGAAAAAUGAUCUGGCCCUCACAGAA